ACAUGUUGGACGAAGGUUGCCUCCGCCGCUACCGCAAUAGCUGAGUGAACGCCGCUUCCAAAACGUCGAGUCCCGUCACUUCGAGGAGAGAGAGAACACCUCAACGAGCUUGCAGCAGCUUCGGCCGCGGGACCACCAUGGGAACCGUGCUGAGCUUCUCUCCGAGAGACCGCAAGCCGCAGAGCUACAGCGAGUACAACCUGUACAGCUACGAGCAGCUCAACAACGCCAAGAACAGCCAGCACUCCGCCAAGAUGGGCCACCACCAGGACAGGAUGGCGGCGCCGCCGGCGUCUCAAAUGCAGCCUCCCAUCGCCGGCGGAGGCCACAAUCAUCACCACCAUCACCACGGUCACCACCACGGCAACAACCAUAACAACAAUAAUAAUAACAACAACCAAAACCACCAUGGCGGUAACCACUUGAAGAAGCACACGCUGUUCAUCAACGCGCUGAGCUGGAAGCACUUCAACGUCUCAACCAAGAAGAAGGCAGAAAAGAAUAAGUCAGCAGCCGCGCAGCGCCAGCCCCUGGAACCCGUCGACCCCAACAAGAACGUUCACAAGUCGCUCUCCUGCUACAACCUUGGACUUGACAUCGUCGGCUCGGGUCGCACGCUUGUCGACCGACCGCCAACGGGAGCCAAGCCGGCCCCGCCUCCACUGCCACCGAAGCCGGCCGUGGUGAGGCCGGCUCCCCCCAAACCGGCAGGAUCUCAUCAGGCUGGUGCGAGUCCUCAGCGCAAGACAGUCAUCCAAGCCUCAACGUCUGAACUUCUUCGCUGCCUGGGCGAGUUCCUCGGACAGCGCUGCAAGCGACUGCGCGACUUCCAGCCAGGCGACGCUGUUCUUUGGCUGCGAACCGUGGACAGGUCGCUGCUGCUGCAGGGCUGGCAGGACAUCGCCUUCAUCAACCCUGCAAACGUAGUCUUCCUGUACAUGCUGGUGCGCGAGCUCGUCGACGAGGACGUGUCCAGCGAACGCGAGCUGCAGGCAGUCGUGCUGACGUGCUUGUACCUGUCGUACGCGUAUAUGGGCAACGAGAUAUCCUAUCCACUUAAGCCCUUCCUGGUUGACGAAAACCGAGACAAGUUCUGGGAUCGCUGCCUCCAGAUUAUUGAAAACCUGAGCUCCAGCAUGCUGCGCAUCAACAGCGAGCCGGGCUUCUUCACCGAAGUCUUCACCGAGCUCAAGGCGUGUGCGCCCCAGCCGGCGUCGUCGACGGCUGCCACGGCACGCGUCUGUUGAAGACCGCCCACAGCCCCGCCAUCGACGGGGCUUCUUCACUCUAGUAUCAAGGUUUCGCCAAAUAAGGUCCCCUCCGAGCUACUGAGCGAGAGGCCAGCACCCGUCCUUCUGUCUAAGCCGUCACCUCAGCGCUGUGUUGACUCCGGUGUACGCUGCGUCAACGUGCGGUUGCCCUUCACUCUUCGACGCACGUUGAUCAAAAGCUCUUUGUCCUUGUUGCUGCUGCUUUUUCCGUCACCCUCCUAUCUUCAACUUUGAACGCUCGUGCGGCUUAUGAGUGAAGAGCUUGGACACGACAAGUUUGUGCUUUGAUUUGCUUGCGAUUGGGAGGAAAAGGAAACAUGGUGGGCAAAGUAACGUCCUGGAGGUCGCUUAAGCAAAGAAAGAGCCCCUUGCCUCCCACAGUUGAUUUAACCAUCCUUUCACUUGCUGCAGACAUGUUCGUUGAGGCAAAAGCCUGUAUUUAGGUUAUAUGGUCCCCACUGGUACAGCUAUGCUCUUCCGGGAAAGAGCUGAUGUGCGAUACCACUUGCGGCACACCGGAGGCUACAGAACGUUGAACGGCGGUCAUUCGUGAACCCAAGAAUGGCGUCGACGGAGCAGCGUCCGCCAUAACUGCCAAAAAGAAACACGUGGAAUGGGAGAGGGAGUGUAUGAAGAGCAUCAGAGAAGGCAACCUCGACUGGUGGCGCAUAGUUUGCGCAGUGUGCUUUUCUUGCGUGCGUGACACCGGACGGGAGGAAAGCCUGAGUAUGACGCCAUGCUCCGUGUGUUCAAGGCCGCUGACGCGGUUGACUGUGACAAAGAUUGCAAUGUAGGUGUGACUCUGUUUCGCCAACGCCUAGCUGCGGGCAACCCGGUGAAAUUUGUCCGAGUACCAGCUUUCUUCUCCGGAAAACACCAGGUACUCUCCAUCCCUCUGCUACCGUUGUUACGACUGACUUGUUGCGGGACAAUGCUGCAAUAUUUCCUUCUUUUUAUUACCCUCUCUUUCUCUUAUUUUUGUCUUCUACCGCUUCUUUCAAUGCUUUCUUUUUUUUCUUGUGAGUUACACUGUCGACACGAAACCGCACCAAAUACCACAGGUGGAAGGAUGAUCAUUUUGUUCGUAAGCUACUCAUGUGUACGCUAACUACGUCUCGCAGACCGCUCACAUUCGAGAGAGCACCUAUAUAUAGAUUCAGCGACGGAGAGAUUAUCGAACGAAAGUUCGCUUUGGUCACAGCCAGAGUGGAAUUUUAGUAUAGGGCACGUCUGUAUAUCGAUCGUCUUUGCGACUGCCUUGCAGUUGCAUCCACGCUUUCGGUACUGCUUUUCUUCAUCACCUAUUAAUUGCGCAUUUAUUCUGCUGCGACAAAAAAGGGAAUAAUGAAAAGAGGGGAGUAACCAGUACAAAUAUUGUUAAGAAAGAAACGAAAACCGAAUACCUUUUGAAUCUCGAGACGCUAAGUGAUGUAGUCGUACAGGUUCGUUUUCGUUUCGUCUACAUUCAGGUUUACUUUACCCCGAGUAACGUUAGUGCAAUCAAAACAAAAUGCUGAAGGAGCGUAGAGGUGGACCAUGCUGCAUAAACUCAAAGAAACCCAUAAAGAAACUAUGAAAAUGCGCUGUGCCAACGUUGUAAUGACUUAGCCGAUCUCAUGUAGGAACGGCAGAUAAAAAAGACUCAGGAGACACUUUAGAUCAUACACAACACUUCUGAAACGGACGCUUCUGCACAUAUAUUGUGCCCAAAGUCUAUCCAGCGGAACAAGGUUGCUGGACGUGUUGCAGAGACGCUCAAAUGGCGAGAGAGCCCCCAAAGGCCAUGACAUAAUAUCUAUUUUAUGAGAUCGCCGUUUUUUAGGGCUCACGCAUAGUAACCGUCACUCUUUCAUUUCUUUCCUUCUUGUUUCUAGCCGGAGAAACUUUCGCGGCGAGUGAAACAAAACAAUAAAUAACCGCAACAAAUCAACGGCAACAAAUAGUUGUUAUCUAAGUUUCUUGUGAUACAGUAACAGAAGAAAUACGUCCACUUCGUAGCCACAGUCUUUUGUUUCGCAGUCACGACGUAUUGUUUUAGUACGCAGUUAUGCUGUGGCAGCGCGUACGGUUACACGAAGCAGGAAAUGAGCUGAGCUGAAUAUCUUUUCUACAAUCUUUGUUUCUGUAGGUGUAAAUAGAACUGUUCAAGGAGGACGCGGCGAAGCGCUUUCACAUAGUCCGCUGCUUUCUAUAGAGAACGGCAGCGCUGAAAGAAAACUCUACGGCAAUGCUGGGGCGCCGCGGAGACCCGGCAGCCAUCUUGCGCGGCAUUCGCGAGCUUCCCUGCAAGAACUCCCGCCCCUCUCCCCCUCCAAAAGAGAGAAGAAAAAAAAGGCGCUUAUCGAUCGCGCCGACUUCCCCAGCGGCGCGCCCUCGGUAACGCCUGCGGUGUAUUGCGCAUGCGUAGCGCGGUGGCAGCCUGCCGCACAUUACUCACCGAAACCGUUGUAGGUGGCGGCUCCUCCCAAAACGACGCUUUAUUUCAUUUAUCCUUCUAGGUUGCUUUGUCUGCAACGAAUGAUCACUUUAGCAUCCACUGUUCGACGCUCAAAUUUAAUUUCGGUACGAGCUAGAGAAUAGCCUCAUAUUGUAGGCCUUUUUGCGAGCCAGCACUGAGUGCGCCGUUGCCCACGGAGUCGAGUCCAUCAAGUGAAGUCAAACGAGAGAAACCUCCAGAAAAAAAAAAGAAAAAAAAACAUGCCGAUACCGCUUUCAAGCGCACAUCAGCAACCCUAAGGCUUUAUUUCGCACAUCUGCUACAAAACGAGAUUGUGCUGAAAAAAAAAAGGAAAACAGUGGCGUAAGUUACGUGAACAAAGACGACAGCCUUACAUUCGUUGCGGUCAGCUUGUUGUAUUGAAAAACAACGCACAAACGUCACGCAAACCUGAAACCUACAACUGACUACAUGAUUAGUCACAUCACAAACAUUGAGCUAAAGCUAAAGUCGUCCUGAAAAAGCGUUCGGUGUUGUUGGGACUUUCCCGCGCUCAGUGCUCGCUGGGUACCUCUAAUUCGUGCACGUGAAGCGCGCUUCACCGCGCCAAUACUGUUAUUGCGGUAAAGUACGCUUUUCGUAGAACCACUUUUCUGCAUAAUUUCAGGAGGGCCGGUAAUGGAACAACUACGCACAAACUGUGUACUAGCCUCCACCUGUAUGUUGUUGCUCUUCUCCAUCAAAACGCUUAUAUAGAUUAUGUGCGAAAUUUCUAUUUAUUGCAGCUUCUUGUCAAACAUGAUCUGCCGCACGCUAUAUCUGUCCAUGACUUCGGUUACUUUGUUAAUGAUAGCUGAACGUUGUAUUGUUGAUGGGUUCUGAGCACAUUGUGCGCUUUUUUUGCCUGUGACAGGCAUCAAGAGUUGGUUUCUGUGUUGCUUAAUUAGGCAAAUGAGCGCCAAAAUGUGAUCUGCUGGCGUCUGUGUCCACGCAACGUGUUUCGGAAGUUGUUGCUUUCAGCAAAGAAAUAACACCUACCAUCGUGAAGUAGAGAAAGAGGUGAAAGUUGUUAUUUUCGUUUAUAAGGAGUGUGGUUGCCAACUCUGGUAAUGUGUGCUCGUGAUAUUUCCGAGUUACAUGGCAAUGCUGAAGUCACAGUUCAUCUCUCUGUCUCGAGUGCUACAACUCAUUGCAUAGUCAUCACUGCGAUGCAUAAGUCACCUGUUACAAUAUCCGGUAGAAGUGUUCACGGACAGUGGUGUUGAUGUACUGCGCCUGUCUGUUCUUUCUCUUCACCGAAGCUUCGACUAACGAAAAAACACCGAGAACUACGUGCGAAGCUUGUGCUGCUCAUUUGUACAAAACCUAUAUCAGCUGGGGAAAAAAAUAAAGACUGUUCUGACCUUUUC